UCAGGCGUUCGGUAUUGUAACAUGAUGGCCGGAAGGUUGUGGAGAAGUCGUCUGUUACAGAUAGCAAAUAUUACAAGACAAUUUUCCACACAAAGAUCAAGAUUACAGAGGCCAGACAAGGGAUACACUAUCACUACAGAGGAAAAAGGCAUCAGAACCAUUUGUCUCAAUGAUCCAAAGAAGAGAAAUGCUUUGUCUUUGGGGAUGCUGGAGGCCUUGAGGUCAGAUUUGUCACAUCAAACAGACGACCUGCGUGUUAUCAUUCUUACUGCUAAAGGGCCAGUUUUCUCUGCAGGCCAUGAUCUGAAGGAAUUGACAACUAAAGAAGGUCGGAAUCAUCACAUGCAGGUAUUCCAAACCUGCACUGAAGUCAUGGUGAUGGUUCAGGAGCUGCCAGUACCAGUGAUUGCCCAGGUAUCAGGACUGGCCACAGCAGCAGGGUGUCAGUUAGUGGCUAGUUGUGACAUGGCCGUGGCAACAGACACAUCCAGAUUUGCUACUCCAGGGGUCAGUGUUGGACUGUUUUGUUCCACUCCGGCUGUCGCUGUUGGCCGCUCAGUGCCCAGGAAGGUAGCUAUGGAGAUGCUUUUCACGGGACAUCCAAUAUCUGCUCAAGAUGCACUACUACAUGGACUAGUCAGUCGGGUGGUACCGGAGGACGAAUUGGAGGAGACGACGCUGGGGAUAGCUAAUAGGAUAUGUGAGACAAGUAAGAGUGUGGUGGCCCUAGGCAAGGCUACCUUCUACGCUCAGAUGAACCUGGAGAGGAAGGAGGCCUACACGUUGACAUCUAAGGUCAUGGUCGAGAAUCUGUCACUCGGUGACGGACAGGAGGGCAUCAGGGCCUUCAUAGAGAAACGGAAGCCAUCUUGGAGUCAUGAUACCAAAAAGGUCCACUAACUGUCAGAAUGCUUAAAGGGGAAACUGUUGUAGAAGUCAGCACUGAUAUGAAGUGCCCAUACUGUAUGCUUUAAAAACUUAUAUAAUUUAAGUAGGUCCAAAUUACGUAAUUUGCAACCUGUGUAAUUUAAGUAGGUCAAAAUUACGUAAUUUGCAACCUGUGUAAUUUAAGUAGGUCAAAAUUCCAAUAGAAUCAUGUACAUUGUUUGCAUUGAAAUUUCCAUUAAAUAUAGAAGUGUCAAGAGAAUUUCGGAAAUAAGAUUUGAAUGGUUUAUUCAACGUUGCCAUAUAUUUUUCAUCCAUAGAUCUACACUAGUACUGUUGAUAGUAUAUGGUAUGGUAGGAGAUUAAAUGAAAUGAAAUUUUCUCAAGCUGUGUAUAAAAUCUGGUCAAUAAUUAGAUGAUUUGUUGCUAGACUUAAAAAUACAAUAUGAGAAUUCAAGAUUGUAAUCAGUUUUAAAGUUAAGUUUAGAUUUCUAGAUAUUUUGAUUACAACACUUAUACUUAUGUAUAAAGUUACAGAGGUAGGGCUUUGCUUGGUUUUGGCUUAUUUACACAGGUUGUCUAAAGACCUUGUCAAUAGGUACUGUAUGGAUCUGUAUAAUGAAACCUCUGUUAUACAGACACCUGACUCACAGGAAGCCUGAUGCCAAGCUUAAGGACACCAUAACUAUUCUAUUUCUGUUGAUAUCUGUGGUGUGGUAGCAUAUUUCUGCCAUCAACUUUCGACUUACGAGAUGUCGACAUAAUCUACGACAUCUUCUCAGAUUAUGUCGAGAUCUUUAAAAAAAUUAUGUUGAUGUAGGUAACUCGUAAGUUGAAUGUCGAUGCCAGAAAUAUGCCACAAUACUUUGGUAAUCAGAAAAACAGAUAUUUUGAACAUUAUAUUGCCAAUAUUUUUCUGUAUCAUUACAUUAAUGAAACGUGACAUAACAUACACAAUCAAUAAAAUUAAUUACAAUAAUGAAAUGUUUUGGGAUGACAUUAUAAGGUCGAUAGUGGAACACUCGAAGAAUGAAAUUGUGAGUCUUUGGACUGUCAAAGCUCUAUAUAUGUAAUUGAUAUAGAGCUGUCUUAAAACCUUCAGGCUCCUAAUAUAACUUGACUAUACACAGACUGGUCAGUGUGAAUGAUAGGUUGUCUGUAUAUGUAAAAAGGGUAAACCAAAAUAUUUGACCGGUUGUGGUGACCAGAUACUGGUCAAUCAUUACGGUAUACUUUCUUCAGAUUAGUGAGUCUUGUACUCCCCCUGUCUUGUAGAUGUUGCGAGAGCAAGUGAUUGUGACAAGUGGACUUGCAUUAAGUCAUAUUUACAUGUACAGUAGCAUCAAAUAAACUUACAUUGUGAAGGUGCCCCACUGAUAUAAAAAUUCAUCCAUCAAUUUGAAGUGUAAUUAAUACUGUAUAUAUGAAAUUGUACCAGGCAUCUUAUUUUAAAUUUAUAUAUUCAGAGAUUUAGGUCAA